AUGAAACAGAUAGCUCGUAAUUACGUGUGGUGGAGUACGUUGGACGAGGACAUCGAGCGCACGGCGCGGGAGUGCGCCGCGUGCCGCGCGGUCCGGCCCGCGCCGCCGCCCGCGCCGCUGCACUCGUGGCCCUGGCCGGCCGAGCCGUGGUCGCGUCUCAACGUCGAUUACUUAGGACCGUUCAAUAACAAGUACUAUCUUAUUAUUAUCGAUGCGCAUUCCAAGUGGAUCGAGGCCGAGAGAGUCAGUGGCACGUCCGCGGCGACGCUGAUUUCUAGUUUUAGAAAAAUAUUUGCUCGUUUCGGCCUUCCGAAAAGAGUCGUUAGCGACAACGGGCCUCCUUUUACUUCGGCGGAGUUGGCCGUUUAUUUUAAGAAAAACGGAAUCAGGCACACGCUCACCGCUCCGUACCACCCCGCAAGCAACGGCGCGGCCGAGAAUGCCGUGCGGUCGGUAAAAAGAGCGUUAAAAAAGGCUAUCGUCGAUAACGUAGACGACGAUACCGCUCUGAGUAGAUUCCUAUUCACGUAUAGGAACACGACGCACAGCACGACCGGUCGCGAGCCGGCUGUGGCACUGCUGGGGCGGCGGCUGCGCGGGCGCCUCGACCUGCUGCGCCCCGACACGGAGGAGCUGGUCCGGGACCGGCAGGUAGUCAGCGAGCGGCGCCGCGACGCCCGCUCGCGGACCGUCGUGCCCGGGGAUGCCGUCCUGUUCAGGGAUUACUCCCGCCGUAACCGGAAGUGGUCCGAGGGCGUCGUGCUCGACAGAGAGAGCCCCGAGUCGUAUGCGGUCAAAGCGAACGACGGUCAGGUGCAUAAAAGGCACCAAUUAGUGGCUAAUAAAAGUCAUCCGUCGCGUUUUUCUUUGGCGAAAAUUAAAACACCCGAUGGGCCGGAAGUGAACGUCGAGGGGGAAGAUAGUGGAGAUGAAUACGAGGAGGCGUCCGCGUCUGGUGUCCGGACCCCGCCGGUGUCCAACUUGGCGAGGGACGACCUAGAUGAGGUCUCGUCACCUCCGGGAGAAUCUGAGGGUCGCACGCGACGGCAGGCGGCUUUGCAAUGCUUGCAAAAAAUAAAUAAAAAUAAAACAUAA